AUGAAGGAGGAGAGCCAUGGGAUUGCAUGCAACGCAUACUCGGAAGUCGAAGGCCUCGUCUUGCAGCUCGAUAGGCUGCGGAGCUGCGACUUUGUGAAGCCCGUCGCCUCAGGGGACAACUCCUCAAAGUCCACUCAGUCGGAGGUUUCCUGGAAGUCAGACGCAGGAUACUAUGAUCUUGACAACACGUAUGUGUCGGAAGCUCCGACAAACUGUUUGUCCGAUUGCUCUGAUAUAGAUUGGACCUUUCUCGAGAACGAGGCGGAGAUUGGUUGUAUGGACUGGCUCUUCAGAAGAAAGCGUGUUCAGAGAACGAGCAGCGUUCCGAAGGAGAAAACAGUGAAGAGCAGGAGGAACUCUCAGUGUCUGUCCAAGAGGGAACCAGCAGAUGAUCACUGCCUGAGGAACGAGAUCAUCGGACACGAUGAGAUCGACUGGAUCUGCCGCCUCAAGUGUGGGCAGGACUACGAGACCCAUCGAGUCAUAGUUCGCAGCCACCAGCUGGUGGCAAAGUGCAACAGGACUGCAGAGACGUCGGAGGAAGCUGAGAGCAAGCUUAGGGAGCUUGCCGGCUUCCUCUCGACGGUUCCCAACCACCCCAACGUGCAGCAGUUUGCGGGGACAGUCGAAUCGAUAGCUGAGGAAGAGAGGAGACAUGCUGUGCUGCUGGAGUGGAUUCCAGGAUACACGCUGAAGGAGAUCUGGAUGAGCAAGCGUGACUGUGAGGGAGGAAGACAUGUCAGCAACAAGCUGGCCCUUCGCUGGAGUCUCGCGCUUGUCAAGGGGUUGCACUUCCUGCACACACAGGAGCAUCCCAUCCUGCAUCUCGACCUCUGCCCAGACAACAUCGUCAUCACGGAGGACAUGCAGUCAGUCAAGAUCAAGGGCCUUCGCCCCCAAGGCUUGCGCUUUGCCAGGGACCAGCGGUACACGGCUCCUGAGCUGCAACUGGACAAUCCCAUGGUCUCUUGCAAGGCAGACAUCUUCUCUUGCGCGCUGAUCGUCUGGGAGAUGUUCUCCUGCAAGCAGGCAUUCUCCGAUGUGAUCUACGAGAUCACAAACGAGAGCCAUCGCCCCUUCAUCCGCCCCCCCGUCGAUCGGCUCAAGUGCCGGAGGCUCAUCCCCAUCCUCGAAGCUUCCUGGGCUCACGAUCCGGCUGUGCGCAUCGACUCUGGGCUGCUGCUGAGACGCUUGCGAUCCCUGCGACUGAGAGGCGAGGGCCCCGCAACGCCUCAAACGUGA